CGCUAACCACCCCUGGAAGAGCAAGGGCAGCUCCUGUGAUGCUAAACAAACCUAGAAACCAUCCCCAAUGAAUCCUUCAAACGGCGAAAGAAUAAUAUAGGGAGGUUUCAUAGCUUCCUCUCCCUCUGCUUUUCAAACAUUAAUCUUCCGAGGCAAGUUGUUAUAGGCAUGGAGAGUUUCAGCAGAGAAUAAACAAGCCAGAGCCACUGAAGGUUGGGAAAGGAUUAAGAUGGACAAUAUUUCGAGGGGAUUUUUGCAUUGCACCCCGAGGAAUUUUUGAUACCGUCACCCUAAGAAUUUUCCUUUGGAUGCUGUUUAGAUCAUGGAAGAAAACGCUCUCCAAGGCCUCUUGUUCAGAGACCAAGAUUUUUCAUCUGAUCUCCUCAAGCAGCUGAACGUCUUGAGACAAAACCGGAUCCUAACCGACGUCCUUCUGUGCACAAACGACAUUGAAAUUCCUUGCCACAAGAAUGUUCUUGUCUCAAGCAGCCCCUAUUUCAAGGCCAUGUUCUGUAACAACUUUAAGGAGAGCAUCCAGGAAAAAGUCAACCUCCAAGGAAUGGACUCCAGCGUUCUGCAUUCGAUUAUCCUUUACGUCUACACGGGAGAGAUACUCAUGACUGCCGAGAACAUUCUGAGUCUCAUGGAGAUGUCUUCCAUGCUUCAGUACAUGAAGCUCUUUGAGGCCUGUUCGGCUUACCUCCAGGAUCAGCUUUCUCCAGAAAACUGCCUUAGCCUAAGAAGGCUUUCUGAAAUCCUCCAUUGUCAGGAUCUUAAUCAGAAAGCGAAAGCAAUGGCUCUGAGGUGUUUCCCUGAAGUAGCCACUUCGGAAGACCUGAAAGAACUUUGCGUGUUAGAGUUGAUAGACUAUCUUGGGAAUGACGAGCUUUGCGGUGAAGAGGAGCAGGUUUUUGAGGCUAUCAUAGUCUGGGUAAGGCAUGACCUUCAAGCACGACAAGGCUAUAUUCAAGACUUGUUCCAAAAAGUGAGGCUUCAGUACGUCCAUCCCACAUUCUUCUUCCGCUUCAUAGCCAACGACUCUCUCAUUCAGUCAUCCCCCGCCUGUCAAAAUAUCCUAGAACUUGCAAAUAAGCAGAUGUUUUCGCUGUAUAGUGUCAGUGCCCCUGAUGUCAAACCCCUCUGGCAUGUUCCCCGGCGCUAUUCAUGUCGGGAGUUCCUCCUCUUAAUCGGUGGUCGCAAAGACAAUCAACAAACUACAAGAGACGUCUUGCUAUAUGAUGAGAACGCAAACCAAUGGUUGAGCCUUGCCAAGUAUCCAACCCGCCUCUACAAGGCCUCGGCAGUGAGUCUGCACAGUAAUGUCUAUCUUCUGGGGGGAAUUCCUGUAGGUAACGGGAGGGACCAAGUCAGCUGUAACGUUUACAUCUUCUCACUCAAACUGAAUCAAUGGAGGCUGAUAGAGCCCAUGUUAACGGCACGCUAUUCCCAUAGAAGUGUGGCCUACAAAAACUAUAUCUUUGCCAUCGGAGGCAUCGGCGUGAACCAGGAAAUCUUAAAUUCCAUGGAGAGGUAUGAUAGCAUCUACAACGUUUGGGAAGACAUGGCAAAUAUUCCCACUGCGGUUCUGCAUCCUGCUGUAUCUGCCAAAGACCAAAGACUCUACCUGUUUGGGGGAGAAGACUUGAUGCAAAACCCAGUCAGGCUAAUACAGGUGUAUCAUGUGUCUAGGAACAUGUGGUUUCGAAUGGAGACCAGGAUGGUGAAAAAUGUCUGUGCACCAGCGGUUUUGAUUGGAGAUCGCAUUUUUAUUGUUGGAGGAUACACCCGAAGAGUAAUUGCUUAUGAUACCAAGGACAAUAAAUUUGUGAAGUGCGCAGACAUGAAGGAAAGGCGGAUGCACCAUGGGGUAGCCGCCAUCAACGAGAAGCUGUAUUUGACCGGGGGCCGCUGUCUAACACCGGAUAACGCCAUCGUGGACUCUGAUUCACUGGACUGCUAUGACCCUCAGACCGAUACCUGGUGUUCAAAGGGGAAACUACCCCAUAGACUGUUUGACCAUGGAUGCCUUACACUCCAGUGUGUGCCUUAUGGCAACUUCUUGGGAGAAGGGAAUGGAAAGAAAAUGUUUUCCUAAUUGCAGAGAAGAUGCUAGUCAACCCUUCCCAAGCCAUCAAAAUGGAUUCAGUGGAAUAUGCUUUACUCGUAACAUGAAGUAAAAUGAGCUCUUUGCCUCAAAUAGCAGAUACAGGAUUUGAUUAAAGCUGUUCUGACCUAGGCUUCCUUAGAAGGUAUAAAGCACAAUUUUAGUCCCGCAGAAUCUCUUUUAUUUAUAUGACUGUAAAUUACUUUCAUUUACAGUCCACAAGGCUUGAUAAACAGUCUUUCAGAGGAAGGUUAUCAACACCCACCUAUCUCAUGUGGAACGCUGCCAGAGAGCUAAUUUCCAGGCGCAGGGCAAGGCCAAACUUGGCACAGAGUCACAAACAGAAUUUUCAAAUCUUGAAUUGGCCAGAUGAACUAAUUGCUUCCUGCAAACGCUCACAUCCCGUUCACCCUUCUUUUAUGUCUUAUGGGAGGGGCCAAUCAUCUCCAAGCCUCCCAAGUUUUAUUUUAUUUUUUUUAUUUGCAUUUAUAUCCCGCCCUUCUCCAAAGACUCAGGGCGGCUUACACUAUGUUAGCAAUAGUCUUCAUCCUAUUUGUAUAUUUAUAUACAAAGUCAACUUAUUGCCCCCAACAAUCUGGGUCCUCAGUUGACCCUGUUUUCUUAAUUUUUCUUGUCAUCUGGCAGCUCUGCGCAUGCGCACACUGGGAACAGGCUCCCGCUGUUCUUCUGCCUUGGUGCUUUCAGACUCCAGAGGGUGCACAUACCUAUCAGAUGGCCUUGGCCCUCUCUGCCUCUCAUCCAAGCUUUCCCCAGCCCCCAAGACUGGCCCAAGUUCCUCCCCAACCUCCUCACUGUCCUACUCUGCUGCCGGCUCUGCUGGCCGCUGGCAGGCCACAAGAAAAACAGUGUUUGGGAUGCGUUGGCACGGUACACUUAUCCAGAGAGAUUAACCCUGGUUUCCCUCCAUUAACCCAAUGUCCUGGGUUCACACAGCUUCCUGAAUCCUGGACUAAGCUCUUGCCAGAUUGCAGUAUAAUGUCUGCCAAAUAUACCAAACUUGUUGCUAAAGAUUUUCACUUUAUUCUUUAAUUUGUUCCCUUUGUUCCCUAAUUUCAGGAACAACCAUGUUUUUAUGCAGAAGGAUUUGCCUCGUAUGUUAUGCGCAUAUGAACUGUAUGUUUUUUUUUUAUUAUUUUGGAUUAAACAGAUCCAGUGCAAUUCUGAAAUAAAUGAA